CAGUUUAACUUUGUUGUUUCGAGCGCAGGAAUUUUUCGUUUCGUAACUGAAAAAGUUGUCCCAGCGCUGUCAACUGGUCUGAAAACAAAGACAACCUGAAGAGAGAGAACCAUGCUCCGCUGCAGGAGGUGUCGGAAAGCCAUCAUAGACUCGACUUGUUUAUCGAUGGUCGAGGCCACAGAUGAUAGCUCGGCUGCGGUUUGCAGUAUUUGGCACAUGGAUGUGGACACACUGCCAGAGUGGAUCCUCGCCUCAGUUCACCAGGCCCAGUGGACUGUAGGAAAACUGAACUGCCAGAACUGCGGAGCUCGCUUGGGCGGCUUUAACUUCAUCAACCGUAGCGAGUGUCCCUGCGGCCGAGACGCCGCCGUCCACCUCAACAAAAGCCGCGUGGAUCGCGACCACAGACACUACGACCUCAUCGUCCAGCCAGGGAGGACGAGGCCCGAGAAAGAACGGGCCGGUACGCCCGAACAGAACAGAGAUCAGAGGCCUGAGUUUAACAGGACCCCGCUGGACGACGUGCAGCUCAACUGUGCCGCUGUCGCGUCCCACCUCAGCCCCGCCGAGGCCUCAAACCCCCCGACUGACCGUGAAAACCCCCAGUCGUUCUCUUUCAGUCCUCUGUACUGCAUCUCUCAUAGGAGACGCUGCAGUUUGGAAGAUGAUUCUGCCUUCGGGGCGUGUUUUUGCCCUGUAAGCCCUGCCGUCAAGUGUGCCGUAGAGAGUACAGGGACAGGGACACAUGGGUCUAAACGGUCACCUGUCCCGCAUCUCACAAGUCAGCGGUUUGACACCGACGGCGAAGCCUCAGUCGGCGCUGUCGCCGGCCGUCGGAUUGUUUCUGGAAGGACACGGCGGUCACGCCUGGGCGGACAGCUGCUGCAGGCGUCCGAGGAGGUUGAGUCCUCUCCGGAGACCACGGCUGUCCACCAGGAAGUGUCCGCUUCAUCCCGGCUUUUCCACAGAGGGAGGUCCGUCUCCGACAGUGCAGCCGAGCAGGACCAGGAAGUGUGGCCUGAAGCCCUCGUGGCCUCCCCGGCCUCAAACCGACUGAGCAAGAGAGAGAAGAACCGGCUGAAGAGUCUCCGGAGGAAACAGAGGAGGAGAGAGCGAUGGCUGCUCAGCCAGCUGGAGCAGGCUGGGAGUGUGAGCGGUUCACACAUGGACAGUGAGGAGGAGGAGGACAGAGAGGGCCUUACCUGCGCCGUGUGUCUGGAGCUUUACUUCAGCCCGUACAGCUGUCAGCCCUGCGGCCACGUCUUCUGCGAGCCGUGUCUCCGCACAAUCGCCAAGAACCGACCGACAAACACCCCCUGCCCUCUCUGCCGCGCCCUCAUCUCACACACCAACCCGCACCACGAGCUCAACGAAAACGCUAAGGCCUUCUUCCCGAAGGUGUACUACGCCCGCAAGCAGAACUUCCAGAGUGCUUUCUGUGCAAAGUGGCCUCUGCCCAGCUGUCGCAAGCGCUUCCGUACCUUCUGGGGAGAGCCGAGACAGGCAGCGGCUGCAAGGAGACGCUGGCACUUGGUCCACGGUUUCACGCUGAAUGCUUUGGAUUUCAACGACGUGCGCGGCCUGGUCAUCGUCUACACCCACUCAGUCAACUGGAUCCUGGCUUCCCUGUUCCUCUGCUUCCUCAUCUACUACUUCUUCUUUUGAGACAAUGAGGAGCAAUACGUUUUGCAGUCCAGGUGUAUCUUAUAUUUUUUAAGCUAUAGUGCAUAGUUUCUGUCUCCCCCAUGAGGAAUUCUAAGUAAUGACAUACUGUAUGAGUCAAAGCAUCCACAUGAUACAAGCCUACUGUGGUAUGUUCUACACUACUCAGACUUCUGUAUGGUCAACACCACUUGUGGUUGUUAAUACACAUUCUGUCCACUAGAGGGACUUCUAACAUCAGCUUGGCCUUGAAGGGGAUCUACGUAAUGGUGCAUUGCAUUUCUGGCACACCGCUCUGUUUACAUUAUAUUCCACCACACACACAGCAACCAAUACAAAUCAGCAGAAAAGUCUAUAAUGAAAGAUUAUCUAACAAGUGUGUUGAAGUGGCUUUGUCUGUAAAUGCUCGGUUAGCAUAACUACAUCACGUUAGAAAGCACAGCCGAAACGAUUGGUCAUGAACUAAGUAACAACAGUGUUGGCUACGAUGCUAACAGCAUUGUUAACUAAGCCAAACGGCGCUGGCUUUACUGUUUUAGUGAUUUAAAAGCCACCUGUUUCUUGCCGAUCGUCACAAUACUGAGAGACAGCUGUUAGAAGGUAGUAUAUGAAGUUGAAACUAACUCUGACAGCUGUAGGGCAGCUAACAUUAACUUUAGCUGUCUCCACGAAGCUCCCAGCUAAGCUAACUCUGACAGCUGUAGGGCAGCUAACUUUAGCUGUCUCCAUGAAGCUCCCAGCUAAGGUAACUCUGACAGCUGUAGGGCAGCUAACAUUAACUUUAGCUGUCUCCACGAAGCUCCUAGCUAAGCUAACUCUGACAGCUGUAGGACAGCUAACAUCAAACUUUAGCUGUCUCCAUUAAGCUCCCAGCUAAGCUAACUCUGACAGCUGUAGGGCAGCUAACAUUAACUUUAGCUGUCUCCACGAAGCUCCCAGCUAAGCUAACUCUGACAGCUGUAGGGCAGCUAACAUUAAACUUUAGCUGUCUCCACGAAGCUCACAGCUAAGCUCCUAUAACUCGCGACGCAGUUAGGAAACCAGAACGAGCUAACUAAUGAUAACAUGAGCAUUUUGGCUCAGUGGAUGUCCAUUUUUAAGUCAUGUUAAAACUGGGGUGUCUCACUGCAUGUCAAUCACUGCUCAGGCACAUGCAUAGAGCUCAAAAGUCCCGCCCAUAGAGGGUUCCGGAAGGAAAAAUACAAUGCAAUUUCUCCAUUGACAAUCGGAGUGUAAGCCAUAAAAUGAUAACCGUCGAUGGUAGACUUCAAACCAGCAACCACACUGCGUUAUCUGUAGGCAUUUUGAGCUAUCUGUGUGUAUGUUUAUGCUGUAUAUAGCUGGCAUACACAUACACGCCACUUGCCAUGUUAUCUCCACUUGCUGUGUUAUCGCGGGAAGAACGUUUUAUCGCGGAAAGAAUGCUACGGUUCAGUUUAGUAAAAGAAGAACCGGUUGGGUUUAGGCAAAGAAUAGAACGACUGUUGGGUUUAGGAAACGUGACCCCCGGUCUCUUGGGGGAAAGUCCUGCGUUCCCUUUUAUACUACUCGCUACGGUGUGAAUUCACAAGCAAUCGCAAGGUGAUGUAAGUCAAUACACGCUAACAAGCGAGUAUGCGUCUUGAUAAAACGCCAAUAAUGGCAUACGAAUUGGCUUGUCAUAUAUACGCCAUUUCAUGAGAUCACUCUGCACAGGCAGGACGUUAGGGGACAAACUGUCAGUUAACUGAAAAAAAAUAACAAAAAAACAGCGAGAGGAAGUUGUGUCUUUGUGUCUCCUUAAAAUGAUGUAGUUAAGUUAAAAGAAGCUAGAUGCACUGCUGCAAAGGUUUUGCUUCUACAUGUACAGUACAUGUUGUUUUACACUUAUUGUGCUCAGGACUGAAAUAUCUAACCAGUAAAGACAGCAGCAGUUAUUAACGGAUGUGAUUGAUUGAUUCCUUUGACUGAUUGAGGGGCUGAUAAAGAAGAAAAUGAAAAUCAGAUAAACAAAUGGGUAAAAUACCCAUUUCAAUAUGGUGCCUUUGCUUAGUCUGUGCCUUCUGCUUAUACCAAAUAAUAUAAGACUGGAAUUGAGAGUAUAUUUAAGUUUUAGACACAGAAUACCAGUCGGUAAACAGUUAUUGUGUCUGUCUCUUGAAGGAAAAUACAAAAGUCUGAUU